AAGAGAGAGCAAAAAAGACAACCAUUCAGUGGUUCCGGUCACUGUUACAAAAAGCACCCCUCACAGUCUCAACUUGUCUUCAAACACAGUCACCAACAACAGCACCAAUAAUCACUUCUCUUUCUUUCUCUCUGUCUCCUCAAUUUCCCUCCAGAACACCGCAAUAACGGUCAAUAUUUCCCGAUAAAAAAGCAAAACUACCUCAAACCAGCAUUACCAAUCUCAAAACCGAUUUCACAUCUUUCUUCUUCGCCAUCUGAUCUCAUACCACGUGUAAAACAUGCACAGACCAAAAAGCUUCUUCGUCUUUCACCGACUCAUUCUUCUCCACUUCCUUCUCACACUCACCCCGUCUUGUGGCGCUUCUGGCGGCGGCGGGGGCAUUCCGCCGCAGGAGCUCUGGUGCGUGGCGAAAAACAACGCGGAGGACUCGGAUCUGAUGACGGCGCUGAAUUGGGCCUGUGGGCCUGGUGGGGCCGACUGCAGCCCAAUCCAAAAUGGAGGACCAUGCUACGACCCAAGCAAUACUCCGCUUAUGGCUUCCUAUGCUUUCAACGAUUACUUCCUGAAGCAUGGCUUGACCGAUGAUAGCUGCAGUUUCAGUAACACCGCUGCUGUUAUUUCUUUGAACCCUAGUACUGAUAAAUGCAAGUUUCCUUCCAGUUUAAGUGUGAGCAAUGGAGGUGUUACCGGAACAAUGUCGUCGACGUCAUCCUCGUCAUCAUCAUCAGUGGGAUUGGGACCCAGUGAGGAUAUGAGUGGAGGCAACAAAGUUUCUUUGAGGUGGUGGUUUUGGCUUUUGAGUAUAUCACAUUUGCUGCUCAUGGUUUCAGUUUUUGGAUAGUAAGAAGUAAAACUAUUUUUAGUAGCCGCUUGAAUUGGGAAAGGAAUAUGGCAAAACAUAAAGAUGUUUCCCCUUCCUUGUUCAGAACAAUCUUGAUGUGUGUUAAUUGCUUCUUGAUAAAAAAAAGAAAGGGAUUGAGUCAAUUCUUCUCUAUUUAACAAUCGUUUGAGAAAAAGAACUUUCAUCCCAAGUCCCCUCAAAUUGAGAGUUCUGGUGGAAUGGGAUUGAAUCAUUUCCAUCCUAACAAUUCCAUUCUAUUAAAAAAAAAAUCAGUUUUGUUCUAUACAUGAGUCUGUGCUAAUGUAACGUGUGAUAAUGCUCUAAAGUAUCUUUGGGAAGAUAUAUAUGAUAGCUAUCAGCACCUAUAGUAGCUGUCAUAUGUUUUCUAUUUUUGGGGUCUGCUUUAUCCUUUACAGAAGUAAUCUACAAGGAAUUUGAAGUCCUCGUGAUUCUUGAUUAUGGAUUGUACAUGGAAUUUGAACUACUCAUGACUCUUGAUUGUACUUCUAUUCAUGAUUCAUAGUUCUAAAUCGUCACCAUGGGAAAUGGUACUUUUAAAAA